CGCUUCUCCAAUUUAUCCUUUUAUGGCCAUUCAUUGUCCACUCAUUGUAUAUUAUUAUAUCAGUCCAUUUGUUAACUUAAGUGGACGACCCAGCACAUUCUUCAACAGUUCAAGGUCGAGGGCCUGGUGUAGUUUAAGAGGUUGUUUAUUUUAUCUUUCGGCAAACUGGUUGGCACCCGAAUUUACAGUCACUCAUCACACACUGCACAAUGGACGAAGAAGAACUUUCUUUUAUACCCUACAGCACAUCUUACGUGUGGAAGCCCCCAAUAAAACUAUCUGAUUGCUCGUCUGAAUAUCUCCAAAAUUGUCCUGUUGACUACAGUCUUUUGGAAAACCCCUUUGCUUCCAAACCAGACGUGUAUAAUGCCGAACAGGAAGCAAAAUUAUGGCAAGGAUUGGGUAUAUUAACAACCAGUACUAGUGUGGUCGAUGGUGAGAAGCCGCCGAGUGAGAAUCCUUAUUACCUAACAGCAGUACCUGGUCUCCACAGCAAGCGGGAAUUGAAACGAAUUCGUCGAGCUGAACGCAAAAGCAAACUGUCAAACUGGUUUGAUCUUCCGAGACCUGAUGUCACUGAAGAAGAUCGUGAUGAUUUAGAAUUAAUUAGAUUACGUCGCGCUAUUUCAUCAGAUACACACGUGAGAAGAUCGGAUGGGAAGUCUGCUUACUUCCAGAGAGGUGUAGUUGUAGAUGAUCCUGGAAGCUUCUACGAUAGACUGCCGCGAAAACAAAGAGGUAAAACACUUGUAGAUGAGCUUCUAGCUAACGCUGAAAUUAUGAAGGCUCAACGGAAACGAUAUGCCAAGAUUGCACGUGCUAUGGCUGAAAAACGGGCUGCUAUCAAAAGAAAAGAGCAACAACAAAUGAAGCGCUUAAAAACUGGUCGUAAAAAACAACAAGCAACAGUUGUUGUUCGUGAAUGAUUCAUUUGUGAUUAAGCCUACAGUUUGUACAUAUAUUUGUGGAUUAAAUCGCGUUCAGUUGU